AUGGGGGUGUCGGCAGCGACGGGCAAACCUGGUCGUCGGGCGCCUGGCACCUCGCCUGCUCUCGCCGCUGCGUCUCCCUUCGAUCUCUCCUCUUCCGCCACUCCCGCUCCUCCGCUCGCCUCCUUGCGCGCAGUACCGCCGCAGGUCCCUCUCGCGCCGCGCUUGCCCCACCAACCCACCGCAGAUAAGCCUCUGGCCUCCGCGCAUUCCUCACGCUCCCUGCUGUCGUCACAGCCGUAUAGUAAAGCCCGCCGCCUGCCCUUCCGUUUCCCCGCGCGCGCCGUGUCCGCCCAGGCGCGCGCGCUCUGCCACUACGCAGCGCUCACCGUCGCCGCGGCCCUCUUUCUCGUCGUGUGGAUCGCCUUUCAGUCCGACGCGCCGCGCCUGCCUGACGCCCGUGACCCCAAUGGGAGGGCCGUCCCCUACCGGUCACAUGAAACAUUACGAGGCUGCCCGGUGUGCGGCCGCGGCGAGGUCAAGCUACCGCCGCUGGUGCGCCCGCUGUCCGCGCGCGGCGCCAAGAUGCGCCUCUGCAUGGGCAGCGCCGCCGCGCCGUUCGCGCAGGGCACGUUCGUGAGCCCCGAGGAGGCGCGCGACGGGGCGAGCUUCGGCAGCCGGUUCGCGCAGCUGGCGGUGUUCGAGGCGGAGGCGCUGCACGAGGCGGCGGAUGGCGCGGGGGACGCGCGUGGAGGCGGCGGGAAGGCGGGGCGGCAUGUUCAGCGAGGGGCGGCGGCGGUGACGACGUGGGUGAGGCUGCUGGCGUUCCUGGAGGACGAGGAGUCGAUCCGCAAGACGCAGUGGGAGGGGUGGGGCGCGGCGGAGCUGAGCGACGUGUACUGGCGGGGCGCGUUGCAGGUGAAGUGCCUGGUGUGGCCGGGCCACGACCCCGCGCUGCACAGUGUGGCGCCCGCCCUCGUGGUGGACACCGUGGUGCGCCACCGCCACCCCUGGCACAUCGCCCUCGAAUGCCCCCUCCCGCCCUUCCCCUCCCCGCCUUCCCAAUCCUCCUCCCCGCCUCCUGCGGACACGUCUGCGGACCCCUCCGCAGAUGCGGCAGUGCCGGUGCACGUGAGGGUGAGUCGGCGGGAGGCGUGGCGGCACUAUGUGGAGUACGGGCAGCGCCUGCAGGUGCAGCUGGUGGCAGCCCGCAACGGCUCCGACCUGCGCAUGCCGCCUCUGCUGCUCUGCCGUGCUGACGGCGACAGUGAUGGUGACGGCGGUGGUGGCGGUAGUGACGGGCUCCCCGUGGACCCGGGCAGCCGCGCCCCGCCGUUCCCCUUCGCUGCCGUGGAGAGGGAGGUGGCUGCCGCGGCUAAUGCAGGCUCGGGAGGAGGCUCGGAACUGGCGAGGCUGAUGGGGGGGGAUGCGGGAGGAGUGGGGGGCAAAGCGAGGAUGAAAGGGGCGGGGAAAGGGGAGGGCGCGGGGGCGUCUCUUGCUGCCUUCCCCAUGCUUCCCCUUGCCCGUCCCUCUCCAUACCCCGCACCUUCCAUGCCCCCCUCAUUCCCAUGUCCCCUUCUGCUCUCCCAUGCCAUCCCUGCUCCCUGUUCCUCUGGCGCACGCCUCCCCUUCUCAUCCCACGCCCCCCUAUGUCGCCAGUUCCCAGAGAUAUACGAUCAGAUCAUAUCAUACGAGCACUGCCUCAUGCAGAGGCGGCGGAGGGGAGACCGGUGGCAGCUGCACAUAGACAGCGACGAGUUCGUGUGGUACGAGCCGCGCACGGGGGGCUUCCUCAAGCCGCUGCUCGCGCGCCUCGAGCUCAACCACACGCGCUCGCGCCGCGCGGCAGCAAGGAGCCCCUGCGGCUCGGUGGCCAUCCACACGACCACGGCGCCCCCGGAGUCGGUGGCAACGGCGCCGCAGGACGUGCUGCACGUGAACCACUUCACGGCCACAGCCAUCGACCUCGCGCAGCACCCCUGCCGCUCCUGGGUCAAGCCCGUGCUGGACCAAGGCCUCACCUGGGUCACCCCGCGCGCCCUCAAGUGCCGCGCCCUGCCCUGCCACCGCUCCACACCCCUCGAGUGCUGGCUCUUUUGCAUUCUGCCGUGGCAGGGGGAGGAGGAUGGCAGGAGGGGCGGUGCUGGUGGGGGUGGAGGGCUAAGGGUGGCUAAGCCUGAGAAUGUGGAGAGCGGGGAGGGAGAGAAGAGUAAGGAGCCUGCCGAAGAUACGAUGUAA